UCUGACCUUGUUCUGUGAUCUGAUUGUAAAAUUGAUUAUUGACUUUUAUAAAAAUAAUAAACAAAUGUGGCUCUAAUUUGUAAAUUAAAUUUUGUAAAUCGAUUGUUAUACCUAAUAAUAUUAUGUGACGUGUCCUUUGAAUAAUUCUGAAAAAUGUUUUUUAACACAUUUAAUCUUUUAUUGAUAGGAUUAUGUGCAACAUGCUGUUCCUCCUUCAUUCUGGAAUUAGGUAACAACUUUUCUGAAUUACGGAACAAUGGUGGAGAUUGGUUGAUCAAAUUUUAUGCUCCUUGGUGUGGACAUUGCCAAAGAUUGGAGCCUGUAUGGGCUGAAGUGAGUGAAGCACUUGAUGACUCAAAUAUUCGAGUUGGCCGAGUAGAUUGCAGUCAUUAUCCAGCCAUUGCUACCGAAUUUGGUAUCCGUGGAUAUCCAACAAUCAAGUUUAUUUCUCCAAAGAGUGAUGUAACAUUUAGUGGAGAUAGAAACAAAGAUGAUAUUGUUCAGUUUGCUCUUAGGAUGGCAGGACCACCUGUUCAUAUUAUAAGUUCCUCGAAUGAUCUGUCUAAGGUUAAGAGUUCCGGUGAUGUAUUUUUCAUGUAUAAUGGAGCCCUGAAAGGGGAGUUGUGGAAUAUAUUUUAUGAUGUAUCUAAACGAUUCAGAGCCCAUUCGCAAUUUUUUGCCUUCAAUGAAAAUGCUGGAGAUGCCACUAAUACACCCUCAAUUUAUGUAUAUAAAGACAGUAAAGCACAUUUCUUUAAAGUUGACAACCUCAGCAACGAAUUAAAUUACUCAUUAAGUCAGUGGGUUAACGAAGAACGAUUUGGAACUUUUCAAAAAGUAACUCAUGGAAAUUUCAAUGAUCUUAUACAAUUAAAUCGGUUCGUAGUAUUAGUUGUCGUAAAUGAGAAAAAAUUGAGGGAAAAUCCUGACAUGCUGGACUACAGAAACAUGGUAGAGAAAUUUGCAAUAUCCAAAAAAGAAAAAUAUAACAAAAAGUUCGUGUUUGGGUGGACAGGAAAUCCUGAAUUAGCUAACAGUAUUGCACUUACGGUGGUACCCUUGCCUUAUUUAAUGGUGCUCAAUUCAACUAAUCAUGAAUACAACAUACCUGAAAGUGAUUGUUCACAAAUGACUGCAGCAGAUAUUGAAACAUUCCUAGAUGACGUUGACACGUUGUCCUUACCGACUUAUGGAGGAAACAGUUUCUUCGUACGUUUGUACCGAGGAUUUUUUGAAACCAAAACUACCAUUAAAGAUAUGUGGCGAAGCAACCCUAUAAUGACGUCGCUAAUCUUUAUUAUUCCUCUCCUGUUUUUGAGCUUUAUUUUCUAUACUUUAUGCUUUGCCGAUGUCAUAGGGACCGAAGAAGAAGAAGAGGAGGAAUAUGAUAACGAAGAUGAAGAAGAUGAUCUACAUAUGAAAAAAGAAUAGGGGAGAAUAAGAGAUCUAGUCAUUUAUUACAUUAAAAGUACUUAAUUAUAUUUGUUAAUUUAUUAAAUAAUGUAAGUGUUUAAAAUGUACAAAAUAUUAAAAAUGAACUUAGUAACAA